GCAGUUGCUGGACGUGUAUGACCCUGACCUGCACCUGUUCCUGGAGCAGCAAGAGGUGGUGGGCAUGUUCUUUACCUACCGAUGGUUUCUGCUCAACUACAAACGCGAAUUUGAUGCAGACGCCGCCAUUAAACUAUGGGAGAUUACCUGGAGCGAGCACAUUACGCCGUACUUCAAUAUCUUCAUUGCGUUGGCUAUUCUUAUUUCGUACAGAGACCCUCUGCUGAGUGGCCAUCUGUCUGGUAGGUGCGCUGUAGAGUUUAGGG